AUGAAAUUCUACUCCGAAUUGGAACCACUAGUGGAUAUAUUCUUAUUGAACAAUGACAAAGGACAACUUAAUCCAGCAUACGCUUCACUCUUUGAUAAAAUCAUAUCUAAUGAAAAAGUGAUUAAUGUAUUGUUGAGUAACAAACAUGAUAAUAUUACCAAAUGUAAAAAAUUUGUUGAAAUAGCUAAAACAACGUCGAAAGGUAGUAAAUUACAUGUUGUUAGUCGAGCAUUUGAAGCUGGUAAAAUGUCGACAUUUGAACAAAGUUUCAAGAAAGAAUUAUAUGAAAUGAGUAAGAAGAAACAAGUGAAACGACCUCCGUCGUGCUCACUACAUGCACGUUAUCACCAGGUAGAACGACAAUUUUGCGAAUUGGAACGAGAAUAUGAAGUUGUUAACUGUGAUUUAAGACAAACUGAACAACAAUUACAUAAACAAAAAGGCAAAUGUAAACAAGAAAUUGAAAAAAUUAAUAGAGAACUAAUUGAAACGAGGGCAAAGUUGGAACAUUUUACACAGCAUCAAAAGCCUCAUUCUGAAGACAAUAAUCAACAACAACUGGCAGAUCUAGAAAAAGAAUUAGUACAAGUUCAAACGCAGAUGAACAAAUGUAAGCAACAACUGACAGACAAAUUGGAACAAACUACCUUGAACAACCAUCCUGAACAACUAAAGCAAUUAAAACAAGAGAAGAAAGAUUUGGAAGAUCAAUUAUCUACAAUGAGAGAUGAGUUUAAAAAGGUGCAAUUUCAACUCACAUCUUGUCAUCAGGAGUCCGAAGCAUUCAAGAAUGCUCAUGAUCAAAAUAAAACUAAUUUAGAAGAGAAACUUAAUAAAAUGAAAAAGAAGAUGAAAAGCAUUGAAUCAGAAUUGAAUUUGUAUAACAAAGAACGGGAAAUGUCGCAACAGGUGUUAAAUGAUCUACGAGAUGAAUUAAAUCAUGUAAAAGAACAGCUUGAUGAGAUGAAAGCAAGAGAGCAAAGUUUACAAGAGAAAUUAAAAAUCAAGGAUGAUGAAUUGAGAGAAAUGAGACGUAGUUUAGAUAAAGUACGAUCUGAACUGGAAGUCUGUAAUAAAGAACAACACAUAAUACAAGAAUUGAGUGAUGCUUAUAAAGAGGAAUUAACUGAUUCGAAAGAAUAUAACAAAGAAAACGUAGGAAAAGUGGAACUUGAAGUAAAAGAAGUUCAACAGCAUGUACGAUAUCAGGUUGUCAAACUAGAUGAAGAUAUUCAACAGAAAUUGCACUAUGUCGUCGAGAAAUUAGACAUAUGGCCUGGACAGUAG